AUGAGUCCGGCGGACGACGCGGGUCACGGCACUCACACGUCGUCGACGGCGGCGGGCGUAGUGGUGAAGGGGGCGAGUGUGUCCGGCAUUGGCAAAGGCACGGCGAGGGGUGGCGUCCCAUCAGCCCGCGUGGCCAUGUACAAGGUAUGCUGGGCCGUCGGCUGCAGCGACAUGGACAUGCUAGCCGGCUUCGAUCAGGCCAUCGCCGACGGUGUCAACUUCCUCUCCGUGUCCAUCGGUGGCCCCGCACGUGAUUUCUUCACCGACCCAAUUGCCAUCGGAGCAUUCCAUGCUAUGGCCAGAGGGGUUCUCACUUCUUGCUCCGCUGGCAACGGUGGCCCCCGCCCCAUGUCCGUGGAGAACGUCGCCCCCUGGAUUUUGACUGUGGCUGCUACCACCAUUGAUAGACAGUUCAUUACAGUUGCUGCGUUCGGUGAUGGAUCGAACGCAACAGGAAUGUCUAUUAAUACCUUUAACCCCAAAAAGAAGAUGUAUCCAUUGACUAGUGGACGCCUUGCGGCGAGCUUUCCCGGAGAUGAAGAUAUCUUUGGCAGUGCCCGAGGUCCUCAAACAGUCACCCCAAAUAUCCUCAAGCCUGACUUGACUGCCCCGGGAGUGGACAUACUAGCUGGUUAUUCCAAACGGGCAUCACUAACAGGGUACCAUAUAGACAAUCGUUACGAUGUAUUUAACAUAUUAUCAGGAACAUCAAUGUCAUGCCCACAUGCCACCGCAACAGCUGCCUAUGUCAAAUCCUUCCACCCUGACUGGAGUCCUGCUGCAAUUAAAUCUGCUCUCAUGACCACUGCCACUCCCAUCAAAAUCAGUGACAACUUCACACUACUGGGAUCUGGGUCAGGACAGAUAGAUCCUGUAAAGGCAGUACAUCCUGGUCUGGUUUACGACAUUGGAGUGCACUCCUAUAUCUCCUUCCUUUGCAAGCAAGGCUUCAACAACACCAACAUUGGCAAACUAAUUGGCAUAAAAAAUUUCAAUUGUGCAAGAAUUAAGACAGAGCCAGGAGCUGAUGGAAUCAACUAUCCCAGCAUGCAUAUCCAACUCUUAAAUGCCAGAGAUAGAAUUUCUGCAGUUUUCUAUCGGACUGUGACUAAUGUAGGAUUUGGAAAUUCAACUUACAAGGCUAUAGUUACUGCCCCUAAAGGUCUUUCUGUGAAGGUCAUCCCAGAUACAUUGUAUUUUAGUAUAUUGCACCAAAAACUGUCAUUUAAGGUUGUGGUGAAGGGGCCUCCAAUGUCCGAGGAUGCAUUUGUAGAAUUUGCAUCACUUGAAUGGAAUGACUCUAAACACACUACUGUCAGAAGUUCUAUUCUGGCAAUAAUGUGCCAAAGUAUAGAAGCUAUUGCAUUCAUAGUCAGUCAUUCACCACAUCAUAGAGACCAGCCAAAAUGUAAUUGGAUGCACACGAACAAGGAAAAGGAGACCAGUGUGCAGCCAUUAAAACAUUAG